AUGCAUACGCUACAGUGCAGAGUGCAACUACUUUCCGGGACCAAAAAAUAUGCAUAUGUACACAGCCCUACCAAGCCAGUCCGAUUGUCUCGGAUGGUGCGGGCCGCAUCGAGAUCAAGGGUUGUGAUUGGAAGUUGGAGUCGCUUAUUCUACUGGGAUAGAAAUUGGGAUGGCGAUCGACUGUUCGGAGACCAGGUCACUGGCAAACUUUGCUUUUGUCAGAGAUCGGUGCCUACUUGGCUAUACGACAGGGCAAAAGUCAUGCCCCUGUCAAUCAGAAUUUCAUCUCCCGGAAAUAAAUUUCUCUUCAUUCCCAAGCCGCGACUUUUGUCUCCAAAACAUCUACUACCGUUCUUGAUGAAUAUGACAAAAGAUUGGGAUGAUGUCCAGCAAGAUAUUCGCCGUUACUACGUGGACGACGGCCUACCACUUACUGAAGUUAGCCAGAAUCUGAAGAAAAGGGGCUUUGAAGCUUCGGAACGAGCUUAUCGUAACAAAAUUCAGCAAUGGGGAUUCAAGAGACCGAAGCACAAGCAUCGUACCCUGAGACAUUCGAAUUCAGCGUUCAGUCUUCCGCCUGAGACCUUAGAUAAUACGAACAACUCAAGAAGUACCAGUGCGGAAGAAAUCCAUGGAGCAUACGCCAAAGAAGUUGAAAACUUCAUGUCGAACCUGUUGGAUUCCAUUCGGGAGAAUAAUGCUACUGCUAUCAAGAUAGCACUCAAUGGCAGUAAUAAGCACAUUGUUAAUGUUCUUAUUCCUGCCACCGUCCUAAGCCGCCAAAAAAUCUCUAUGCCUCAUAUUUCCGCACGAGUCGGAGACCGACUCCUCAAUUGGGCAACCGCUUCAUCGUCUUUAGAGAGCCUCGAUGCUUUGCUGGAAGCCGGGGCACAAGUCAACGCCGAGGAUUCGUCUGGUUACAGUGCGAUCCAUGUGUGUGUAAUGGCUGAAGCGAGCCCUGCGACACUGGAAAAGCUUCUUGCCUACGGAGCCAGCAUCAAAAAGCUUGUGAGCAAAGGUCACGAUGAGGGGAAGAAUGCCCUUGAGAUGGCACUUUCCCUGAGAUGCCAAAGAUAUGGACUAGACAAUCACGACACCAUUAGCGGCAUCGUCACUAUGCUACUAUCCAAAUAUGCGAGGGAUGAAUACCACAACUCCGGACUUUUCAACCAGAACUGGUCAGACACCUUCAUCGAGCCGUGGUUCACAAAGAGCGCCUGGUGGCGGUAUUUGAACGACAAAGAUCUCCAGAGCUUUCUGAUUCUAGUCCGAGGAAACCACUUGCAAUUACGUAUGCCUUUCAAGCAAUCCUCAUGCCUCGGCAAUGGAGUAAAGACUCUUCUGCAUGAGUUGGUUCACCAUACCCCGGGAUCUCAAUGGGCUGAACGCUUGAUUGAUUUUCUUGGGUUUCGAACACGCUUUAGCAGAGAACUCCUUCAAACUCUUGUUCAUGACUGCAAAAGCAGGCAAGAAAUUACUAAAGGCAAGACCGUUCCUGACCUUAUUGGUCAGCUAUUUGAGAAUCCUGACCUGUCUCUACAAAGGGGGCAGGACGGUAGCUCACUGUUGUCCACUUUUUUUGUAACCAUAACGAUGGACAGAAUCCAAGCACAGGAAAGCCUGAAAAAGAUUCUAAACCUUCCCACAGUAUACAGCAAGAUCCGACAUGAAAGAGUGCUCAUCUAUGCCGCCACAGAGCUUUACAAGAGAUCGCAAGGGCCGGAUUCUUAUCAACAUGCUUUUGAACUCGCAGAAACGCUUUUGAGUCAUCUCAGAUUUGCCAUUUCGACAUGCGGCGACGAAAGGUGUUGGGACUGUCUGCUGAGGAGUUUUCUACCCAUCACGUCUAACUUCUAUUUUUACAUGCCCACCACGCUGGUCAACAAAAGAACCGACAACGAAAACACUUUUGAAUACCGCUUCACAAAGGUCUCUUCGAAAGAGGUGGCGGAGUUCUACACAAAAGCCGCCUUCAGCGUUUCGUCCAAAAUGUUCUUGGAGGAGCAAGCAGAGCUCUUCCCUACUUCACUGUCCCUCGACAUGGUGCACAAAGUUCUGAAGAUGCGAGAAGUGCUCGGGCUUCCUGAUGACUGUACUUCAAAGCAACUGGUUUUCAACAUCCUGGAUCAUACUUUCAAGCUCCAAGCUUCAAUCGACACGUGGUCCACUCAUGUCGUCCAGUACAUUCCCCGUCAGCCUCCAAUGCUCGUGUUGCCUCCUUUGGAUGGAUCAGAUCAGCACGCUUCGCAGCAAACCGCCUCAUUGUUGGUAUCGCAAUCCCGGAUUCAAUUUCACAAGCUGACCGCUUUCUCAGUCAAACCUACAACAUUCCCGAAUACGCAAAUUAUGGGUUUCGUCAAGGAUCCAUGA